AUGGACCCAAAGAAAUUUUAUGGUACUCUACAAUAUGCAGCUGAUAUAGAGUCCGAUGAGAGUGACGAUCCAGAUUUAUGUGGCGACGAUGCUGAAAGUGGUGUACAUUCAAAAAUACAAACCAACCAAAAUGAUCCAGAUUCAGAGUCCGACUAUUCAUCUGAUGAUGAUUUGCCCCUAUCAGAAAUUCAAAGACGAAUAUCGAAGAAUAUUGAAUGGCACGAAGAGGUAAUCAGGAUCAGAAUGAAAAAGAAACGUGGACCUACCAAAGAAAUUCCUCAACAAGAGACAUCUCAGAAAAUGACAAACAUUUUACCAGACGACGAAUUAAUUAACCACGUUUUACAGCCUUUAGAAGCCAAUGAUCAUGAAGAUUGUGAAGAUGACUUACCUGAUAAUCCAAAAGGUAGCAUUAGCCAUGGGGAAGCUGAGGAUAUGUUGUAA